AUGGGCUCAGUAUCGCAGUCCAAUUGGGCUUGGCUUCCAAAUCACUUACUGGAUAUGAUUCUAGACAAUUUAGUUUCUCUUUCCGACUAUAUUCGCUUUGGUGCCGUCUGUAAAGAAUGGCAAUCAUUGGCAAUACAGAACAGAGUUCAAUUCUUUAAAAAGAAUCAACAAGUUCCAUUGUUGAUGGUCCCUACAGAAGAUAAUAGCGAGGAAAGACGUAGUCUAUACAGCAUUACUCACAAUAAACUAUAUGAUUUUCAGUUACAAGUACCUUACAAAAAGAGGUUUUGUGGUUCCUCACAUGGUUGGUUAUUUACCGUUGAAGAAUCUUUUGCCUUAACCCUAAUCAACCCAUUCUGUGGGGCCACCAUUGAGCUUCCUCCGGUUAUUAACCGCUCAAAAUUCAAACGUUAUGAGAGCGAUGACGAUUCUGAUGAUGACACAACUCAAGUUGAGGUUGAGUUUGUACUUAAGAAGGUUGCAUUGUUAGCUGACCCUGCUUUAUCGGUUAAUGACUAUAUUGUUUCCGCAAUCUAUGAUAAUAUUAAUGGAAGAUUGGCAUUCAUUCAGCCAGGAGACAAAGUUUGGACUUAUACUGAUCGAGAUAAAUUCGAUAGUGCUUACGAAGAUGUCAUAUAUUAUAAAGGUCAGAUUCUUGCUGUUGAUCUUUGGGGUAGAAUCAAAAUGAUUAAUCUUAAUAGAAGUGCUCGGGAGAGUAAGGUUCCCCAACAGAAAGUAAUUACACUGCCGCAGACUUAUAGGGUCAAUCAAAUGCGGAUGUAUCUCGUGGAAUCAUCAAGCGGAAAUCUACUUGUUGUAGAAAGGUAUCUAAAAUAUAUAGAUGAUCAGCUUGCAACCUCAGUGUUUAAGGUUUUCAAGAUACUUUUACAACAAACUGAAGAGGGUUUUGCUAAUCGGGUUGAAAUGAAGAGCUUAUGUGGAGACAGUCUGUUUUUGGGAGAUAACCAUUCAAUUUGUGUUUCAUCUUCCAACUGGCCCGGGUGUCAACCAAAUUCCAUAUACUACACAGACGAUUAUAUUGACUUUGUUCACCAUCUCCCAUUUGGUCGCCGGGACAUUGGUAUCUUUAACAUAGAGAAUGGAAGCUUUGGAACGCAUUACAUUCUUGAUCCUUCGCAUAAGCAUAUGCCGACCUCAAUUUGGAUUGUGCCCAGUAUGGUAGGUAAUUGA